ACCAGUCGGGACUCCAACAUGCCUUUCCAUGUGGAGGGACUGGUGGCCAUAGCUGUGUUUUACCUGGCUAUCCUGGCAGUUGGGAUAUGGGCUGCUUGGAAAACCAAGAACACCGGCAGCGAUGGAGAUCGCAGCGAAGCUAUUAUCGUCGGCGGAAGAGACAUUGGCUUGCUGGUUGGUGGAUUUACAAUGACUGCCACAUGGGUUGGAGGAGGUUACAUCAACGGGACAGCAGAAGCUGUGUAUGUCCCAGGCUACGGUCUAGCUUGGGCUCAGGCACCUAUCGGAUAUUCCCUUAGUCUGGUCUUAGGUGGUCUGUUUUUUGCAAAACCUAUGCGAUCCAAAGGCUAUGUGACAAUGCUAGACCCUUUUCAGCAGCUUUAUGGAAAAAGGAUGGGAGGGCUUCUGUUUAUUCCAGCUUUAAUGGGAGAAAUGUUUUGGGCUGCUGCCAUCUUCUCUGCCUUAGGUGCCACGAUAAGUGUGAUCAUUGACAUUAAUAUCAAUCUUUCAGUCAUUAUUUCUGCCCUGAUUGCAACUCUGUACACUCUUGUGGGUGGGCUUUAUUCUGUGGCCUACACUGACGUAGUUCAGUUGUUCUGCAUCUUCCUUGGGCUGUGGAUCAGCGUACCCUUUGCACUGUCCAAUCCUGCAGUGACAGACAUUGGUUUCACAGCUGUGCAUGAGGUGCACCAAGCUCCUUGGCUCGGAACUAUUGGCUCACUUAACAUUUACACCUGGCUGGACAAUUUCCUUUUGCUGACAUUCGGAGGUAUCCCAUGGCAAGCAUAUUUCCAGCGAGUUCUUUCCUCAUCUUCUGCCACAUAUGCUCAAGUUUUGUCAUUUCUGGCUGCUUUUGGCUGCCUUGUGAUGGCUAUUCCUGCAGUACUCAUCGGCGCGAUUGGAGCAUCCACAGCCUGGAACCAGACUGAAUAUGGUUUUCCUGACCCCAUUGCUAAUAAAGAAGCGGAUAUGAUUUUACCAAUUGUGCUCCAGUAUCUUUGCCCAGUCUACAUCUCAUUCUUUGGCCUCGGUGCUGUAUCUGCUGCUGUCAUGUCAUCAGCUGACUCUUCAAUUUUAUCAGCAAGUUCUAUGUUUGCUCGGAACAUUUACCAGCUCUCAUUUCGGCAAAAUGCCUCAGACAGGGAAAUCGUAUGGGUCAUGAGAAUCACUGUUUUUCUCUUUGGAGCAUCAGCGACAGCGAUGGCACUGCUGGCAUCAUCAGUGUACGGCCUGUGGUACCUCAGCUCUGAUCUUGUUUAUAUCAUCAUAUUCCCUCAGCUCUUGUGUGUGCUGUUUAUUAAAGGAACCAACACCUAUGGUGCCAUUGCAGGAUACUUAUUUGGCCUUGUUCUCAGAAUAACUGGAGGAGAACCAUACCUCUACCUUCAGCCCUUGAUCUACUAUCCUGGCUGCUAUCCUGAUGAAAAUAAUAUCUACGUCCAGCGAUUCCCAUUUAAAACACUUGCGAUGCUUACCUCCUUCUUUACUAACAUUAUAGUCUCCUACUUAGCCAAAUACUUAUUUGAGAGCGGGACUUUGCCACCAAAGCUGGAUUUCCUUGAUGCUGUGGUUGCGAGGUACAGUAGAGAACACAUGGACAAAGCAACACUUGUAAAGAGUGACAAUAUUGUAUUAAACGAACUCGCACCUGUGAAUCCGCGGCACAGUCUAACUUUGAGCUCGACUUUCACAAACAAGGAAGCCUUUAAUUACGUUGAUUCAAGUCCAGAUCUGUCCAACACGGAAGAUAAUUAAAAAGAGUGGCACCCACAGACGAAGCAAUGCGAAACACAAUAUUCUACGAAGAAUAGUAAGAGGCAUUUUAUGGAAAGAAAAGCAAAACUUAGGAAUGAAAUGCCACUGCACAAUCUCUCAUUGGUUCUACGAGCAGGAGCAUCCAUGGGCAGAACUCUUUCCUGUUAUUAUCUAACAUGUUGGAUUAGAUCACAGAGUGUUUACCUAAAGAUGCACUUAGAUCCCA